AUUGACUGGCUUGACAGGAACACAAAAACAGAAGUUCGCCAUCUUGCUUCGAGCAAAUCUGAUCACUGUCCGAUCUUGAUUUCUCUAGGAGAUCAAAGUGGCACUAGAAAAAGUGGGUUUAAAUAUCAAGGGGCGUGGGCCACACAUCCCAACUUCCUCGACAUGAUUCGAAGAACAUGGGAAAAAGAGGAAAAUGUUUGGGAGAACUCUAAGAAUAUGGCUACUGCUUUUGCUGAAUGGAACCGUGCAACCUUUGGGAAUAUCCACCAAAGAAAGAAGAAUUUGAACAAGAGAUUGGAAGGGGUGCAACGAGCUUUGGACAACAAGCACCAUCCGGGUCUUAUCAAGCUGGAGAAGAAGCUUCGAAGGGACCUCGAUAAUACACUUCAUCAAGAGGAAAUUUUCUGGGAGGAGCUUGACGAUAGACGAAAGUCAUGUUGGAUCAAAGAGGCGGUCAAAGAAACCAACACAGCUUUUGCAAGGCAAGAAAUGGUGAGCAAUUUUACCAAUUAUACCGAUCACCCGCUUAAGUGGAGGAUGGCUCAGAAUUGUGAAUGGACCCUUAAUGUUGACGGGAGUUGCAAAUCACUUAUCAACAAAGCAGACAUCGGCGGAAUCCUCCAAAACAGAAGAGGUGAGUGGAAAGGGGGCUUUACGGCUAAUGUUAGUCCAAAUUGUGCGACGUCAAUGGAAGUCAUGGCAAUUGCUAGAGGCAUUGAGUGGGCUUGGGAAAAGGGUGUUAAGGAACUUGAGGUUCAGACAGACGCGAGUGAAGUUAUAAAGUGGAUGGCCGACUACACUUCUCUUAGGGGCCCUAAUCGCGAUAUCAUUGAUGAGAUAAAGCAUAACUGGCAAAGAAAGUUUACAAGGCUUGAGUUCAAAAACAUCUUUCGAGAGCAAAACUUUACGACUUGCUACAAUUGGAACCUUUCAGGAGGCAAAUUGGAUAGAGCACGAGGACCCUCCGCCUGGGAUGGAUGACAAUGACAUGAUGAGUGCUACCAGAGUUCGUAGAGUGCACCUGAGUUAGUUUGGGGUUUCCCCUCCUUUUUGAUAAAAAAAAAACUAUAGGUCAUCUU